AAUACAACCACAGGGACACGCGUAACGCGACAAUGGCGACCUGAAACAUUGGCGUGCGCUUCCUUGCUCCAUAUACUUCUGACAUCUCGCCAGUGUUUACCGUACUCCUUCUGCAUGUUCGUGAAUGUGAAAUACAUUCGUGCUAGCAUAAAAUAUGUGACUGGUGAAAAGGAAUCAUUAAAAACGAGCAACUGCGCGGAUUCAACCGUUGAAGCUAACUAGGCGCACGACAUAAUUCAAUGGUGUUGGUCCCUGCCGAAAAAACGGGAAAGCCAUGUAUACAACGAUAUCUUGCCGAAUAUAAUGCGUUGUGGAGCAGUAGUAAAGACUUAUCAUCAAAAUCUAUUGUGGUGCUGAUAAGGCAUGUUGAAAUAAAGCAAGCCAACGAGGGAGAUGAGCCACAAUAUUGCAGGCAUGCCACCCUUUGCAAGGAUGCCUUUGGGGGGUAUGGGUAUGGGUGUGAAUAUGGGUCCUAGUGGCCCACAUCCUGAAUCUUCUGCUCACCCCCAUCCUCCACCACCGCCACCGUCUGGUGCCAAUCCAAAAAAGAAACGACGUACAAACGCGAAUGUUGCUCAACCAUCUCCGCAACAACCUCCAAUAGUACAGGAUUUACUACCUCCACCUUUAACUGGCUAUGGAGACACAAUAGUAGCAAGUAACCCUUUUGAUGAUACACCGCCGCAAACCACGCAGACGCCAAUGAUGCAUGGUGGACCGCCUCAUAUGCACCCCCAUCAUCCACAUCAUAUAAGUGGACCACCUAUGAGAGGCAUGAGCCCUUUAACUUCUAUAGGUGGAAUGAGUCCUAUGAUGCCUCACAAUAUGGGUAGUAUGAGUCCAAUGGGAAAUUCGCCCAUGACAAAUCAUAUGAAUCACAUGGGAGCAAUGUCUCCUAUGAAUCAUGCACCAAUAGGUGGUAUGAGUCCGAUGAAUAAUAUGGGCCCCAGCAUGCCACCUGGUCCAAUGAAUACCAUGAACAAUCAUAUGAAUAUGAGUCACAUGGGUAAUUCUCAACUUAGCGGCCCACCUAUGGGCAGUCCAAUGAAUAAUAUGAACAGUGGCCCAAUGGGUAGUCCAAUGAAUAACAUGGGACACAGUAUGGGAAGUCCUAUGGGUGGCCCACUGGGAUCUCCUAUGAAUACAAUGGGUGGAUCAAAUCAUAUGCCUAAUGGACCAAUGAAUAUGAACAAUAUUAAUAGCCAUAUACCACCCAAUAGCCCACUGAACGGGCCAUCUAUGAACAGUGUAAACAGUCCACUGGGACACAACGGAUCUCAACCACAUCCGAAUCAUAUGGGAAAUAAUCUUAAUAACUUAGGAAGGCCCAUGAAUGGACCCAUGACCACCAUGAGUUCAAUGGUAUCCAAUAAUAUGAAUAUGAGUGGCCCAAAUCAAAUAAAUAAUAUGAAUAUGGGUGGACCACCAAUGAAUAACAUGUCUAAUAUGAGUAUUAAUCAUCAUAAUCAAAUGAGUCACAUAGCUGGUCCGAUGGGUACAAUGUCUAGUAAUAUAGGCGGAGGUCCACCAAUGGGCCAUCCUAUUAACAUGGGAGGUUCUAUGCCACCUCAUGGUUUUCAAGGUCCACCAGGGAUGGGACCGAAACCAAUGCCAGUUUCUGCAGGAAAGAUAUAUCCUCCAGAUCAGCCAAUGGUGUUUAAUCCACAAAAUCCUAAUGCUCCACCUAUUUAUCCUUGUGGAGUAUGUCACAAAGAAGUGCAUGAUAACGAUCAAGCGAUCCUUUGUGAGUCCGGUUGUAAUUUUUGGUUUCACAGGGGAUGUACAGGAUUAUCGGAAACUGCCUAUCAAUUAUUAACGGCAGAAGUUUAUGCCGAAUGGGUGUGUGAUAAGUGUUUGCAAUCGAAAAAUAUACCUUUGGUUAAAUUUAAACCAUAACACUUCUUGACUCGUCGUAUAUGCGACACACGAGUGACUCUUUGUUAGCGUUUACACCUUGUACACGCACACGUGCGCGUGUAAUUGCACACACAUAAACACAUACAACAUACACUAAUGCACGAGCAAAAUCGUGCAUAUAAUAUAAACAUGCGCCGUUUGUUAAUAUCUUAGCUUUAACUUGUUGAAAUAUUAGGGUAUUGCUAUGAGUCGUAUUGGUGAAUGAGAUGGCAAAAACGACAUAUGUUCAAAAGUUAUAUUAAUUUUUAAGUCUGUUUACGACAAGUCUGUUUACAAAGUAAUUUAUCUUUUAACUUUUGAUAUCGCUGACCCGUUUUCAAUCAACACACUGUCAAGUAUAAAUGAAAUCGGAGUCCAGAAAGCAUAAAAAUUUUAAAAAGAUUUAUAGGUAUUAAAAACUGUACAGUGAUCGGUGAACUUUGUUUGAUCUGUUAUUUUUAAUUGCACUUGAUAAAAAAUUAAAGAAUAAUUAUACAAGAUGCA